AUUUCCAUUGAAGAAGAUGAGAAUAAUGAUUUGAUCAGAGUAGGACAGUCUCAUCUUAAAUUGGAGCUUUAUGUAAAUAUUCCAAAACAUUUCACCUGCUGAUGCCUCAAUUAAUGUCAUUUUAUUGGUGUCUAUUUUUAUUUCUGAAAUUUACCACCCUCAGCUUAUACUGGAGUCAAUUUUUCCCAGGUUUUUUUGUGGUAAAAUUAGGUGCCUCGGCUUAUAUUCGGGUCGGCUUAUACUUGAGUACUGUAGAGUCUCACUUAUCCAACAUAAACAGGCCGGCAGAAUGUUGGAUAAGCGAAUAUGAUGGAUAAUAAGGAGGGAUUAAGGAAAAGCCUAUUAAACAUCAAAUUAGGUUAUGACUUUACAAAUUAAGCACCAAAACAUCAUGUUAUACAAUGAAUUUGACAGAAAAAGUAGGUCAAUACACAGUAAUGCUAUAUAGUAAUUACUGUAUUUACAAAUUUAGCACCAAAAUAUCACGAUGUAAUGAAAACAUUGACUACAAAAAUGCGUUGGAUAAUCCAGAAUGUUGGAUAAGCGAGUGUUGGAUAAGUGAGACUCUACUGUAUUUAUAUUCCACCCUUCUCACCCCGAAGGGGACUCAGGACAGAUCACAAUGUACAUUAUACAUGGCAAACAUUCAAUGCUAUUAGACAUACGACAUAUGGACAGACACACAGAGGCUAUUUAACAUUUUUCCAGCUUCCGGCUUCAUGAGGGUAUGCUCGAUUCCGGCCACAGGUGGAGCUGCUGCUUUAUCAUCCACUGUGACACCCAGUCCUUAAUGGAGUACUUCCUCAUUCUUCCGCAUCCACUGCUGCUGGAUGGUUUUAUGAUAUGGAGGAGUUGGCUAGGGAGAGCAUCAGCUUGCUAGCCAAACCGGCCUUGGAGCUGGGAAGCCCCCAUCUCUCGUCGGCUGCGGCCGUCUUCAUCAUGCUCAAAUCCGCCCUCGGAGCCGGGCUCCUCAAUUUCCCCUGGGCUUUCAAUAAGGCCGGAGGGGUCACGCCGGCCAUUCUCGUGGAGUUGGGUUCCUUAGUCUUCCUCAUCAGCGGCUUGGUCAUCCUGGGUUACGCAGCUUCCAUCAGCACCCAAACCACGUACCAAGGGGUCGUGCGAGAGAUCUGUGGGGCAGCCGUGGGGAAGCUCUGCGAAGUCUGCUUCAUCCUGAACCUCUUCAUGAUCUCGGUGGCCUUCCUCCGUGUCGUGGGAGACCAGCUGGAAAAAUUAUGCGAUACUUUUUACCCAAAUGAAACGGUGAGUGGAGGUUUUUCCCACCAACAUUGGUUCAUCGACCAUCGCUUCACCUUGUCCGCCCUUUGCGUCCUGGUGAUCUUCCCUCUUUCCAUCCCCAAAGAAAUUGGGUUCCAGAAGUACACAAGUAUUCUGGGCACCUUGGCAGCGUGUUACCUGAUGCUUGUCAUUGUCGUCAAAUACUACCUCCGAACGGAUCACGUUGUCCUGUAUGAACACCACCUUUCUCCUGGGGUCUAUUCUUGGACCUCCAUGUUCAGCGUUAUCCCAACCAUCUGCUUUGGAUUUCAGUGCCACGAAGCCUGCAUUGCCAUCUACAGCAGCAUGAGCAACAAGAAGCUCUCCCAUUGGGUAGUGGUAUCAGUGAUGUCCAUGCUCUUCUGCUGUCUUAUUUAUUCUUUGACAGGGCUGUAUGGCUAUUUGACGUUCGGUGCCGAUGUGGCUGCUGACAUCCUCAUGUCCUACCCAGGAAAUGACGUGGUGGUCAUCAUAGCCCGGCUGUUGUUUGGCAUCUCUAUCAUCACCAUCUACCCCAUUGUCCUCCUCUUGGGAAGGUCCGUCCUGCAGGACAUUUGCCUGAGCUCCAAGCAUAGCAAUGCGUUGACCAGGGAGCCUUAUGAGAAAUGGACGCGGAUCCUGCUCACCACCGCUUGGAUCGUGGUCACCCUCAUCAUUGCACUUUGUGUCCCAGACAUCAGCAAGGUCAUCAGCGUCAUCGGAGGCAUCAGUGCUUUCUUCAUCUUCAUCUUCCCAGUUGUCCCUGCGCCAAGAAGACUGAGCCCUUUCUGUUCAACUUGUAGGGUUGUGUUUGGUCUGCGCGAUGGAGAAGGAACCAGUCAAGCCAAGGACCAAGUCCUGCCUUAUCGCGUGGGGGGUCAUCACGGUGUUGUGCGGGGCCUUCAUCUUCGGGCAAAGCACCACCUUGGCCGUCAUGGAGCUGCUCUACCAAUUCUAGCCUCUAGGUGGCAGCAUUUCUACCGUUGGACACUUCUGGUUGACGUGGACAGGUACUUUUUCUCACCUGGGCAUAACUGAAAUAACCUUUAAGCUAUCUAUGUAAAUAAAAAUACACUCCAGUUGGUUA